CCUCAUUGGCAUUGGCAAUGAUUAAAUGACAGGGAACCAGUCCUCUGAAACCUCAUACGCACUCCAUGCCGAGCAGACACGCCAAAUACAUAAAUACAUACAUGCAAGAUGGAUAAAAGAAAAGCGUCAUCAUCAGAAGAGUCUCAGUACGGCAGCAAACUGUCAUCCCCAGAAAGCAAACGACUAAAAUCAUCUGACUUCAGAACAGAAGAAUUAAUGGAUAUUGGUCUAUUUUUUGCAGAUAAUCCGAUUACUGUGUUGGAGUUAAAAGAAAAGCUUAAACUUGCACUGGUAAUAUUUCCACAAAAUGACAGAAAAAGUCGUAGGAAUCUUAGAAGUAAAACUGGAGAAAUACCGACGUGUAUAGAGUCACUUUGCAAGUUUACAAAAGAGCAUGUAACUUUUUCCCUGGAGGAUGUUGAUUGGAAUAAGAAAGUAACAUUAGCCCCAAAAUUUCAAAAUGAACUUAAAGUAUUUGAAAGAGAAGCGAUCAAAGACCUCCAGGAGGCAAAAAAACAUUUAAUGGAAUUUUCCGAAGAAAUUCUGAAUGGUGAGACUGAUGAGUCUGGUCUGAUGGCUGACAAACUUGGUAAAAGAAUGUUUUUGGAUUGGUCUAAGAAUACAUCGAGAUUUCUUGCUGAGAUAAAGAAAGUCCUAGAAAAGUUAGGUUUACCAUUGGAAGUACCACCUGAACCAAUUAGAGAUAAAAUUGACGAAGUUAUUUUAAGGGAAAGUGUUUUCACCAGUUUGUUCAUGAAGUUUACAGAAAUCUUUUUCCUACAGCCAGACAUUGGAGAUAACCGAAAGAUUUCUAUAAAGAUAAGGAAUAAGUCUGUUGGAUGUAUUCCUGAUGUAAGAUUUUAUCAACAUAUACAUAAAUCCGAAGAAGGAAGAUCCUGUUUGUUGUUAAUGCUGGCUGAGGUGAAAAAAGAUGCAUUAAAGAUGCAAGAUGAUAAUGAUGACGCCAAAACCCCUUGGAUAGAAAAACAUUUAAAAAAGCAGGUACUUGGACAGAUUGGAUCACAGCUUUUAUCAGAAUGUUGGCACUCUGUGUUUGUUCCUAAGAGUCUAGGUAUUGUUUGCAUGGGGACAGAGAUAAUUUUUCUGUACAUGGACACAGAGUUCAACCAUUAUGAGGCAUUGAUGGCAAACAACAUAACAGACAGUCAUAGGUCAACAAUAUACUACACAAAAUCGUUUGAUAUAAUGAAAAUGGAGUCUAGAAAUGAGUUAGUUGAUUUUUUAUUCUGGUUGGGGUGUUUACAGAUACAAGAUUUUAAUGAAUACUUUUGUGUUUAAGAUCUUAAGGUUAUGAUAGAAAUAUCAUGGUUCUGGUACAGUGAUAUUGUUUGCCUUAAAUUAGUGCAGAAUAAAGGCUUUUUCCCCCAGAGAAGAAUCCCAAUUUGAAAAAAAAAAUGGCGUAAAAUUAUUCCCAAAAAGACAACUUCUUUCCCAAACGGUGCAGUUUCAGUAGUAAUUGUGCACGAAUAUAAACUGAAAGACACUCAUUUAUACAUUUUUCAUGCCUAAAAUGAGUAUAUGUGCAGAUUUGAGGGUCUAUUUAUGUAUCAUCACUGACAAAAAGGGGUGUUAUUUCAAAGCAGGGUUUGACUCUUGAAAGGGGUCUGUAAAUUGAAGUUUCAGUCAAAUUCAUGGUUUAUUCUAAAUUUUCCAAAUGAAUGAAAAUUGAGCAUAUUUUUCCAAUAAAAAAGGGUAGAGGUAGUUUUGAAUAAAGCCAACACUAUAUCUGUGGUAAAAAAAAGUGAAGCAACUGGUUAAUUGACAUUUUAUCCAGUGAACAAAAACUGGAUCUGGUUAGAAUCUGGUUUUUUACUUUUUGUAAGGUUGUGUGGUGUGCAUAUUAGGGUUACAAAUGUAGUGGGAUAAGGAAAAAUAGUCAGGUUUUGUUUAUUUGAUAAAUGAUAAAUGCCCCUGCCACAGUGGGAGACGCAUUCAGUGUAACCCAUGUCCGUACGUUCAUCAGUAUGUAUCUCUCAAAAUUUGUUUUCCAUUCUCUUACUUUAGUUUCCCUCAACCAAAUAUUAUAAAUUAGUUACACAAUGCUUUUUACUUUAAAAUACAUAUCAUACUGGAAUUUGGGUGGCGUUUACUUUUACCUAGGUAUUCCCAUUUUUAAUGAUAUGCAAGUACGGCAUCAUCUGUGACCCAUAGACACAUUCUCCUUUUUUUUUUUUUAAUACUAAGGAUGUAGGCCGUAGUAUAAUCCACACAUUCCUCUUGCUUAAUGACACCAAUCAUAUUGCUGUACAUAUUUAAAAUUUAAAAACAAAUAACAUACAGUUUAUAUAUAUAGACUUUCAUUGUUGUAUUCAUUUUUUUUUUCAAUUAAAUUUUUUCCCAGCCUUCCAAGAUUUGAUCUGCUUAUAAAGUAAUGUCAAUAAUCUUUUCUAGCCUCAUUGGCACAUAUUUUUGAAGCCUUAAAGUAUAAUACUGUGAAAGUACUUUAAUUUCAUGGGUAUCAAUUUUCGUGGUUUGAGAAAUAUUAACAUGUUCUUGGGUUUUUAAAUUCGGGGUUUUAGUUUUCUAAAAAAAAGAAAUUGAAAAAUUAAAGCCUUUAGAAACGCUGUGUAAAUCAUAGUGAUAACACUAAUUAACACAAGAUAAAGUGUAAUUAGGCCAUAACCAGAAAUCAGUAUCAUUAACAAAUGCUAUAAACGUAUCUUGAAUUGUCAAAUAAUUCUUAUCAAAAUAAAGCCCAGCAUGAAAUUAUUAUUUCCCAUAUGUACGAGAACUUUGAGGAUUUAAAAUGAACACUUUAUCAUACGAGCAUAUCAAUAAUGGAAAUCUGACUUUCAUCGGAAAAAAAAUAUUUUUAUGAGAAUUAAAAGAUCAAAAGUUGUACAGUUUAGGUUAUUAAAGAUUAAAUUGGUAAAAUCCUGCAUGCAGUUGUAGUUCUGUGACUGCUAUUAAAGUAUUUUUAGAUUCAAGGUUAUUCAAUAUAUUUUCUAGAUCAUAUCAGAAGUCCAACCUUCAUGGGGAUCUUUCCAUGUCUUGAUUCGCACAAUGGUUGUUUUAUUUCGAUGGACACUUAAAUUUGUAGAAAACAAUCAUCAACGAAAACCGUGAAAAUUGGUACCCCAUGAAUUAAAGUACUUUCACAGUAUAUAUAAUUUUUAAACAUAUUUCAGCUUUCAUGUUAUGCUUUAUAAUGUUGCCGCAUAAAAACAAUCAAAUUCUUUAAUUUUUCAUGCCCAUUGUGCUUAAUUGCUAUGUGAAAGUAUUUCAAAACCUGAUUAAAAAAACAAGUGUCAUCCAAAACAGUUAUAGGUGAUAUUUCCUGUUCCCAAUCUCUACACCCUUAAGUUGUUUAUAUUUCAUAUAGCCAUUGUAUAUAAAUACUGUGGAUUAAGAUAUUUAUUUUGAUGUUGAUAGUGUUCCUGAAAAAAUUCCAUUAAGUUUGAACACACUAUGUCAAAAUUUACAUUUUAUUAGCUCACCUGGCCUGUGAGGCCAAGUGAGCUAUUCUCAUCACCUGGCUUCCGACUUCUGUUGUAGUCGUCGUUAAUUUUUUACAUUUUGAAAUUCUUCUAGAGAACCACUGAAUGGAAUUGAACCACACAUGAAUGUUCCUUAUGAGGUGUUGACCAAGUAUUGUUACUUUGUAGCCAAUCCAUCAUCCAAGAUGGCCACCAGUGUGGGACUUAGUUUAACAUAGGACCCUAUAGGAAAUACAUACAAAUGUCUUCUUUUAGAGAACCACUAGAUGAAAAGAAACCAAACAUAGCAUGAAAGUGUCUUAUGACAUGCUCACCAAGUGUUGUUUCUUUGUAGCCGAUCCAUCAUCCAAGAUAGCCACCAGUGAGGGACUUAGUUUAACAUAGGACCCUAUGGGAAAUACAUACAAAUGUCUUCUUAUAGAGAACCACUGAAUGGAAUGAAUCCAAACAUAGCAUGAAUGUUUCUUAUGAUGUGCUGGCCAAGUGUUGUUACUUUGUAGUCGAUCUAUCAUCCAAGAUGGCCACUAGCAGGGGACUUAGUUUAAUAUAGCACCCUAUAGCUAGGAGAAGUGCAUACAAAUGUCUUCUUUUAGAGAACCACAGAAUGGAAUGUAAUAUUAAACCAAUUUGGCCUCAAUCAUUAUUUAAGUAUCUGUUAUGAUUUUAUCUGUUUUUAUAUGAUUUCAAAAGCCCAAGUAAGAGGUGAGCGACACAGGCUCUGGAGAGCCUCUAGUUUAUUAAUGUCAUAUAUAUAGCUUUGUAUGAAAUAAUCGUGAAAUCAUAUAUAUAUAUUUAACUGAAUUUUUUCUAGAUCUACAAAUGCAAUUAUCAAUGCAUGAAAGAAUUUCUAAUUUUUUUAUUGGAUCAGUAUCAUUAUAAAGACCAGUGGUCCAUGUAGUUUUCAUUUGUGGUUAAGAAAUAAUAUCAAGUGUAUAUGAUCAUGACCUGCCUACAAUCUUAGAGGGUCAUUAUGUUUUCAAGUCUGUUGGUCCAUUUGUUUGUCUGUCUUUCCUGGGUCAGGUUUAAGGUUUUGGUCAAGUUAGUUUAGAAUAAAGUUGUCGUCACAUGUUCCUUAUGGUGCAAUCCUUCUAAAUUUUAUGCCAAAGUUUGUUUCAUUGUACCUGAAAAAGGACAGUCUUAGUGUGAAAUCUUGUCCUGUAGACACAUUUUUGUAUAUCUUUAGCUCACAUGACCUACAGGGUCAAUUGAGUUUUUCAUUAUCUUAUCAUUUGGCUGCAGCAGAAUCUCCUGAAACUUUGUCACAAUCAUAGUUUUGGAAUCUUGUUUUAAAAUUGUGCCACUGCCACAGUUGGCAAUCAACAUUGAAUUUUGUCAUGAAUUAUAUAUGUCAUCUGCAAUGAUGAACAGUUUCAAUUGUUGAAUAUGCUAAUAGACCAAUGUUAGCUACACAGGUUAAAAUGAAUUGUAAAUAAAUCGAUUUAGGUUACAUUAACCAUGUAAACUAUGAAUUUAAAAUGAUUUUUGUCAAAACAUAUGAACUUGUUCAAACUUUGUUAUAUACAUUGUAAUCAAUAUUUAUAUAUUUAUUUGUCCAUUACAAAAAGUUCUUAAACUCAAGUUUGCCUUUACCAAAUGUUAUGAAACUUAUACCAGUGAUAAUUAGCAUUUUAUUAUAAGACCGCAAAAAUUGAAAAUUUGGUCGUAUAUUAGUAUCACGUUGGCUUCGUCAUCUGCGUCGUCGUUGUCCGAAUACUUUUAGUUUUCGCACGUUAACUUUAGUAAAAGUGAAUAGAAAUCUAUGAAAUUUUAACACAAGGUUUAUGACCACAAAAGGAAGGUUGGAAUUGAUUUUGGAAGUUGAGGUCCCAACAGUUUAGGAAUAAGGGGCCCAAAUAAGCAUUAUUCUUGGUUUUCGCACCAUAACUUUAGUAUAAAUAAAUAGAAAUCUAUGAAAUUUAAACACAAGGUUUAUGACCAUAAAAGGAAGGUUUGGUUCGAUUUUGGGAGUUUAGGAAUAAGGGGCCUAAAGGGUCCAAAAUUGAACUUUGUUUGAUUUCAUCAAAAAUUGAACUUAACAAAAAUUGAAUCCUUGGGGUUCUUUGAUAUGCUGAAUCUAAAAAUGUACUUAGAUUUUUUAUUAUUGGCCCAGUUUUCAAGUUGGUCUAAAUCGGGGUCCAAAAUUUAACUUUGUUUGAUUUCAUCAAAAAAAUGAAAAUUUGGGGUUGUAUGAUAUGCCAAAUCUAACUGUGUAUGUAGAUUCUUAAUUUUUGGUCCCGUUUUCAAAUUGGUCUACAUUAAAGUUUAAAGGGUCCAAAUUUAAACUAAGUUUGAUUUUAACAAAAAUUGAAUUCUUGGGCUUGUUUGAAAUGCUGAAUCUAAACAUGUACGUAGAUUUUUUAUUAUGGGCCCAGUUUUCAAUUAAGUUGGUUCAAAUCAGGAUCCAAAAUUAUUAUAUUAAGUUGAUUAACAGUUGCUUGGGCAAAAUUUGUGAAAUUUUUAAUAAUUAUAGAAUUCCUAUUUUAAGAAACAGUUUAUAUGCAUAAAUUAUUUUAAAAUUGAAGGAAAGGUUCUACAUAUUUUUUCAUUUGAACAUUAUCUGAUUUUUAGCUCACCUGGCCCGAAGGGCCAAGUGAGCUUUUCUCAUCACUUUGCGUCCGUCGUCGUCGUCCGUCGUCGUCCGUCGUUAACUUUUACAAAAAUCUUCUCCUCUGAAACUACAGGGCCAAAUUUAACCAAACUUGGCCACAAUCAUCAUUGGGGUAUCUAGUUUAAAAAUUGUGUCCGGUGACCCCGCCAACUAACCAAGAUGGCCGCCAUGGCUAUAAAUAGAACAUAGGGGUAAAAUGCAGUUUUUGGCUUAUAACUCAAAAACCAAAGCAUUUAGGGCAAAUCUGACAUGGGGUAAUAUUGUUAAUCAGGUGAAGAUCUAUCUGCCCCGACAUUUUCAGAUGAAUCUGACAUUCUGUUGUUAGGUUGCUGCCCCUGAAUUGGUAAUUUUAAGGAAAUUUUGUUGUUUUUGGUUAUUAUCUUGAAUAUUAUUUCAGAUAGAGAUAAACUGUAAAAGGCAAUAAUGUUCAGCAAAGUAAGAUCUACAAAUAAGUCAACAUGACCAAAAUGAUCAGUUGACCACUUUAGGAGUUAUUGCCCUUUAUAGUCAAUUUUUAACCAUUUUUCGUAAAUCUUAGUAAUCUUUUAGAAAAAUCUUCUCCUCUGAAACUGCUGGGCCAAAUUAUUUGAAACUUGGCCACAAUCAUCAUUGGGGUAUCUAGUUUAAAAAUUGUGUCCGGUGACCCCGCCAACUAACCAAGAUGACCGCCAUGGCUAUAAAUAGAACAUAGGGGUAAAAUGCAGUUUUUGGCUUAUAACUCAAAAACCAAAGCAUUUAGAGCAAAUUUGACAUUGGGUAAAAUUGUUAAUCAGGUGAAGAUCUAUCUGCCCUGAAAUUUUCAGAUGAAUUGGACAACCUGUUUUGGGGUUGCGGCCCCUGAAUUGGUAAUUUGAAGGAAAUUUUGCUGUUUUUUGUUAUUAUAUUGAAUAUUAUUAUAGAUAUAGGUAAACUGUAAACAGCAAUAAUGUUCAGCAAGGUCAGAUUUACAAAUAAGUCAACAUGACCAAAAUGGUCAGUUGACCUCUUUAGGAGUUAUUGCCCUUUAAAGUCAAUUUUUAACCAUUUUUUCGUAAAUUUUAUAUAUCUUUUACUUAAAUCUUCUUCUCUGAAACUGCUGUGCCAAAUUGAUCCAAACUUGGCCACAAUCAUCUUUGGGGUUUCUUGUUUAAAAAAUGUGUGGCGUGACCUGGCCAUCAAACCAAGAUGGCCGCCACGGCUAAAAAUAGAACAUAGGGGUAAAAUGCAGUUUUUGGCUUAUAACUCAAAAACCAAAUAAUUUAGAGAAAAUCUGACAUGAAGUAAAAUUGUUAAUCAGGUCAAGAUCUAUCUGCCCUGAAAUUUUCAGAUGAAUUGGACAAACUGUUUUUUGGGUUGCGGCCCCUGAAUUGGUAAUUUUAAGGAAAUUUUGCUGUUUUUGGUUAUUAUAUUGAAUAUUAUUAUAGAUAUAGGUAAACUGUAAACAGCAAUAAUGUUCAGCAAAGUAAGAUCUACAAAUAAGUCAACAUGAACGAAAUGGUCAAUUGACCCCUGUAGGAGUUAUUGACCUUUGUAGUCAAUUUUCAAUCUGCUUCCUUUGUUUAAUAUUCACAUAGACCAAGGUGAGCGACACAGGCUCUUUAGAGCCUCUAGUUUAUUGUUAAAAUUAACAAAUAUUUUUCAUAUUAAUCAUUGUUUUCUGAAAUAUAUUUUUAUGUUUACCUUUAUAUUGCUUAUACCUCAUGUGUCAGUAUUUUAAUUUUACAAUAAUCAACUAUUUGAUGUACAAUGCAUGUAUAUAUUUGUUCUUUUACCUAAAUAUUUGUGUAGACUUGAUUAUCUGGUUCAUUUAUUAUUUUGCUGUAGAUUUAUCCUUUUAUUAUAUGUAUAUAAUUGGACAUUUAUAUAUGACUUAUUUUGUCAAAUAAAUUUAUGUUAACAA